AAGAAUCAAUCGCUCUUUACGUUUCCAUACCUCCUUGAAAUGUUUUGCUUGCUUCACUCAGGGCAUGGAAUUCCUGUGGCUCUACUCCCUCUGCCAGUGCAUCGUUUCGGUAGCCGUCAUAGUGGUGAGCGUGAGGUUAUGCAUGGCGGUCGGCGUGAUCCAAAGCGCAAGACCGCAGCACGUGAGCGUGUCCUGCUGCCUCGGCCUGUGCCUGGGCUGGGUGGGCGCCAUAGGGGGCGCGCUGGAGAUCCCCGUCAUCGUUUUCCUCAACCUGAGGACGCCGCAGUGCUUGUACACUUGUAUCACCCUGGUGUGCUGCCCCCUGCUGGUGAGGCAGUUUACCAUGUGCCUGCUGGUUCUGCUCACGCUGGACUGCCACCUGCAGAAUUCCUGGCCCAGCAGGUACUCCACUCUGGUCACCCGUCAGCGAGCUUUGUGCGUGGUCCUUCUAUGCUGGAUGGCUUCGGUCCUGACCUCGUUCGGCCAGUUCAUCAGCUCCGACGUCCUCGACAGGUGGGCUCGGAAGGACCUGGAUCAGCACACCGUCGACCUCGGCUUGGACGGCAACUGGAGCACCCCGUCACCCGGUCUUACCCUUGCCCCCAAACCCCCCCACGACCGCGUGGUUAUCGGGAAGCACCUUCCCUAUGGAGGCUUCCUGUCCAAGUUUUACAUGGAGGACUUGCGCAAUUUCACCUACGCCGAGCUUCACAGUAGCCACUGGGGUGAUGGCGCCCCGGACAUCAUUCUGAGCCCGCAGUUCUUGGUCUACGUUCACGGAACGGCUGUGUUCACGCUCCCUUUGCUUUUCCUGCUGUUUUUUUACCUCGAUCUUCAUUGCAAGAACCCCAAGCAGGUUAGUCAGUCAGAUGCCUCCAGGAGUCUCCGUUCCCUGGCUCUGUCCGUCUCCUUCUUAGUUCUGCUCUGCCUGCCGCUGCAAAUCGUCCACGCCGUCUUGCUCUUCACCCCCAGUGCCGUCCUCCCCUCCUGGGUUCACGCCGCGGCCGUGUUCUUUUUCCAGUUGUACGGUCUUGUACCCCGGGUUCUUUUCACUCCUCCUGGGAAACAAGAGAGCGACGAGCGGGCGGCGUUCGCGCUCUCUGCUCUUCCGCCACCCACGGCGAAGUCUGUUCAUAAGAGCUUUUGUGAAGCGGCGCACGCCGCUACGUGGGCCUCGGCCAAAAACUCCCUGAAAGCAAAAGUGUUCCCCGAAGUCUGA